AGAGCUCAUGUUAGAAGUUUAGGGGAAAGGGAAGAAACUCUCAGUUGACACUCGAAACGAUAGUUAUGGUAGAGCAUUUAAAUGGGAAAACAAUCUUUAAUGGACCUUAUUAUGAAGAGGAAUGAGAAGACUUUCCUUCUACGCCCUCCCCCACAAACGCUCGUGGUGCUGGCGGCGCCCGGUCGCCGCGGACGGACGCUGACGGGGGUCAAUCCAAGUCAUGCAGGUGGUACGAAAGACGGGGUCUUGGCUCUUGCGGGCGUGGGCUUGGCCACCGACGCCCAGCAGGGUCGUGGCCGGGGCGCCAGCCUCCACCAUCCACACCGGCGCCCAGCAGCUGCAAGACGCGGCGGCCAAGCAGGAGAUUGAGGAGAAGGUGGCGGCUCCGGCACCGAGCCGCAGCAGCUUCAGCAUUUACCCUCCAGUUCCAGGACAGGAGAGCCCUCUGAGGUGGGCAGGAAAGAAAUUCGAGGAGAUCCCAAUCGCACACAUUAAAGCGUCCUACAACAACACACAGAUCCAGGUGGUCUCUGCAGCUCACCAGCCCCUUGCCCGCACUUCCUGUGGCACGGAGGGGUUCCGGAAUGCCAAGAAGGGCACGGGCAUCGCCGCACAGACAGCAGGCAUAGCCGCCGCCGUGAAAGCUGUGGGCAAGGGCGUGACCCACAUCCGCGUGGUGGUGAAGGGCCUGGGCCCAGGGCGCUUGUCUGCCAUCAAGGGACUGACCAUGGGCGGCCUGGAAGUGAUCUCAAUCACAGACAACACCCCCAUCCCGCACAAUGGCUGCCGUCCCAGGAAGGCUCGGAGGCUGUGACGGAAAGGAAGCCAUAUCCCUGAACUUGACCGCAAGUCCCACCUCCAGCGGGACCUCAUAGAAGGUGCACUGUCAGAGCUCUCUCCAGAGCAGGGCUUGCUGGAGACCCCUCAGGGAGCAAGGAGGAGCUUUGCACCCUUGUGUGGUGACCUCGCUUGUUCCUUCGAGUGGAGACUAGUGUCCAGAAGGGACUCAAGACCCGGGGCAGCCACGGCCCAGACUCCACAACCAGUGAAUGCUGUCUCUGCUCUGCAAAAAUAAAAAUAUCUCUACCACCUGUA